ACACACACACACACACACACGGUAUAUAAGCCUGUGUGUGUGUAGUGUUUCCUCUCGGCUCAGCAUGGAGGAGACCUACGUCAGACACGUCGAGCUGCUGGGCUUCGAGAAACGCUCGUACCCGAGUCAGCACUACGUGUACAUGCUGAUGGUGAAGUGGAGCGACCUGUCGGAGAAGCUGAUCUACAGGACGUAUCCGGAGAUCUACACCUUCCACAAAUUACUGAAGGAGAUGUUUCCCAUCGAGUCUGGUGAGAUAGAAAAAAAGGACAGAAUCAUCCCGUCAUUACCAGCGUGGCGCUGGCCGCUCAGCCAGAAGUCUCCAGAGACCCGGCAGAGCACGCUGGCCGAGUACCUGCACUCGCUCACCGGGCUGCCGCCUCACAUCGCCCGCUGCCGGCAGCUCGGCCGCUUCCUGCGCGUCCGGCCGGAGGACGAGAACCCGCCCGCCCCCAACACGCUGAAGAGGAACGAGACGUUCGUGGUUUCCAGAGAGUUGGCCAGAGGAAACGCUUCUGAGAUUUCUGGCCCCAUCCUCUUGGACACCUACCGAGUGAUCGCAGACUUCACCAAGACGUCCAAACACGAGAUCGACCUGCACACCGGAGACCUGGUGGAGAUCGUGGAGAAGAACCAGAACGGGACCGCCAGAAUCAACAGCAUGAGAGUUCCUCGUGGUGACUUUAACGUGAACAUCUGGUCGUGUUUCAUAAACGAGUGUUUGAGCUGUUGCCUUCAGGUUGGUGGUUCUGCCAGGGAGAGUCCAAACGGGGUUGGAUCCCUGCCUCCUACCUGGAGCCCCUGGACGGCCCGGAGGAGGCCGAGGAAGGCGAGCCCGACUACGAAGGAGAAAUGUUCGUCACCCAUAAAGCCUACAAGGCGGAGCAGAGGGACGAGAUCUCCCUGGAGGUCGGGGAAACCAUCUCGGUCAUUCACAAGCUGCUCGACGGCUGGUGGGUCGUCAGGAAAGGAGAGCAGACCGGUCACUUCCCCUCCAUGUUCCUGCACCGGGCCGGCCGGCAGGAGGUCCACGAAGCGGAGCGGACCACCCUGCAGGGACGCAGACCGCCGCCGCGCAGAGUUCAUCUGUUUCCACGACGACCUGACACUCCAUCGCAAUAAGCGGAUACCUGUCGAUGUUCCACACCUCUCUCCUCGCCUCAGGUCCACCAUCAGAAACGCCAAGAGCAUCCACAGCCGGGCGCGCCAGCGGCUCAGCCAGGACAGCUACCGCAGGAACAGCCGGCGCUACCUCCAGCAGCGCGGCGCCGGGAGCACCAAGGAGGCCGCCGAGGCGCCGCUGAGGGAGAGGAAGAACCAGGACAACGUUCCCGAGACAUCCGACUCCAGUUCGGAGAGCGAGCCGAGGAAGGAGGCCCCGGUCAUCCCUCCGCGGCCGAGUCCGGAGCUCAUCCAGGAGCGCUGCAGCGACAACACCCGCAACAAAGUCAGCGUGCACCGGGCCAACCGGUAGCACCGGUGACUCACGGGCAGCACCGGGCCAACCGGUAGCACCGUCGCAUUAAAAAGGGAAACAAAGGUUGUUCUUGUAGUCAUCGGAGUGUAAACGUUCAGAGAACAUGAGGUACGACGUGUUCUAGGGAGGGGGUAAUAUUCAGGUACAGAGACAAGCCGAGACGUUACCUGAGAUUAAAGGGGUUCAAUUUGAUGUGGAGCCAAUGGGUUAUUUAUUUAUUCUUGUAAAUUCCAGGUAAUUUCAGUUAUUUUUUGCACAUUUUUUAAGAUUUCUUUCAUUUUUUUGUGCAAAUGUCUUAAAAAAAAAAAAAUUAAAAUAAAAGUUAUAUAUGAGACUUUAUAUAUUUAUUUAAAAUAAUGGGUUUUUUUUGUUGCAAAUGUUUCACUUGAUAUUUGAGUUUUAUUCUUGUAAAUGUACAACUUUAAUCUCAAUUUCUUCAGAUAUUUAUGACUAAUAAUAAUAAUAAUAGGAGUAAUAGAGUUUUUCGUAAUUAAUUAGUGUAGUUUUUGUUUUUUUUAAUCUCCGAAAUUCUACUUUUUUUUCUCGCACAUCUAUGAAAUUAUAUUCUCGAAGAGGUUUUAAUUAAUGACUUUAAGACCUCAGAGAAUUUGUUCUUGUGAAUUUGUAAAUUAAUAUUACCCCCUUCCCUUUUUAUUUAUUCAUCUACAAUAAAUAACUAGUAUUUUGGUUCCUCGUGAAGAUGUUACAUUUUUAAAAGCACGUUGCAAAAAUGUAGUUUAUUAAAUAAAAAACAAAAGCCA